UAAUAGCAGAUAGGAAUGGUUGGACUCGAUGAUCAGGUCUUUUCCAACCUAGUGAGUCUAUGAUUCUUGGCCACCUGGGCACAUUGCUGGCUCCUGCUCAGCCGGCUGUCGACCAACACCCCCAAGUCUUUCUUACAGGCUCUUCUUUUACACGGCGGUCCGUUCUUCGUUAAACUGCUCGUCUUUUACACGAACGAUUACUUCAGCCUACAGCACGUAUCGCUUUAAGGCACGCCCGACCCUCUCCUCACCCGCAGGGGCCCUGGCCGCGGCUCCCGGGCUCCCCUCGGCGGCGCCGGGGGCCCCUCCGGCCGCUCCUCGCUGGGGCUCGUGUUCGCCUCGCGCAGGGGCGGGGCAGGAAGGGCGGCGGUGCGGCGAGCGGAACCGCGUCGCGAGAGGCUGCGGCCAAUCAGCUGCGCGGCGCUGGCGGGCGUCGCGAGGCAGCGGGGCAGCCACCCGCCACCGCCGCCCCCCAGCCGCACUCUGCAGUGCCCGCGCUGCGGCGGCAGCAAUAAAAGGGGAGCGGGCCACGUGACGCGCUGGUGCGGCCAAUGAGGACGGCGGGAGGUCGCGCGUGGACAGGCGAGGGGCGCGUGGGCAGCAAGAAUAGUGAACACAUGUAGAAGAUAUCAGAACUGUGUAGAACUUGUAUUUGUUUGGAGAGCUUGUAACAGUGCUCAUCAUGGAGAAACAGCAGAUUGUUUUGGGUAGCCGGGAUAGUGGGACUGUAUCCGGUGCAGCGCCUGCUUUUUUUGUCAUCUUGAAACAGCAGCAGGGAAAUGGUAAAGCUGACCAAGGAAUCCUAGUAGCAAACCGUGAUGCUUGUGCUCUUGCCAGCAGUGUAUCAACUCCGAUAACAUCCAAAGUCAAGACCUGCCUCCCAGCUGACUGUGUCUCAGGGGGCAUUACCGUUACCCUAGAUAACAAUAGUAUGUGGAAUGAGUUCUACCAUCGCAACACAGAGAUGAUUCUGACGAAGCAGGGGAGGCGCAUGUUCCCAUACUGCCGAUACUGGAUUAGAGGUCUGGAUGCCAGUCAGAAGUACAUCCUAGUCAUGGACAUAUCCCCUGUGGACAAUCACCGAUACAAAUGGAAUGGCCGUUGGUGGGAGCCUAGUGGGAAGGCAGAACCACAUGUUCUCGGGCGAGUGUUUAUUCAUCCAGAAUCCCCUUCCACUGGCCAGUACUGGAUGCACCAGCCAGUAUCCUUCUACAAACUCAAACUUACCAACAAUACCCUGGACCAGGAGGGUCAUAUAAUCUUGCAUUCUAUGCACCGUUAUCUGCCACGACUUCACUUGGUGCCUGCAGACAAAGCCACAGAAGUCAUUCAGCUCAAUGGCCCAGAUGUCCAUACAUUUACUUUUCCACAGACAGAGUUCUUCGCAGUUACAGCCUACCAGAACAUCCAGAUUACCCAGCUGAAAAUAGAUUACAAUCCUUUUGCUAAAGGAUUCAGAGAUGAUGGGUUGAAUAGUCGACCUCAGCGUGAUGUGAAACAAAACAGUAACUUAGAAUUAGAAGGAGGUGAUGUUUUUAGCAGUCCUAGCAUUCGUGGUCGCCCUGCUGAAGUUGGUGGAUUAGAUUUGCAUCAGAGAAGUUUAGAAUCUUCAUUCAUUGGUCAAAACCCCUCAGACAUUGAUUUGGACAAAGAAUCCUUUAAUGCAGAAAGGGACUUCCUGAGUUUUUUGGACACUGACCUGUCUUCAGGUGAAGUGCCAAAGCUAAAACAAGAAGUUUCUGAAAGUCCCAUUGCUAGCAGUUACGAAAGCAGUUCCCGUAUGGCAUCCCCGUUGGACCCAAAUGGACACUUUAAUGUAGUCAUUAAAGAGGAACCGGUAGAUGACUAUGACUAUGAGUCAAAUAUUUGCACUCAAGGAGUAAAUGUAAAGCAGGAAAACACAGAUGAAGAAACUGAUGAGUAUUCCAACACUGAUGAUGAUGAUCCAGUUGUACAAAAACACCUGAUGAGGCGCUGUGAAACAGAUGGAAUUGAUGGAGAAUUCAGAUCUAGGAAGCGUGUGCUAACCAGUCCUUCAGGUGUUGCCAAAGCAAAAAUGUUAAAACUGGAAAGUGGGAAGAUGCCUGUGGUGUAUUUGGAACCUUGUGCAGUCACAAAGAGCACAGUGAAGAUAUCUGAGCUCCCACAGACCAUGCUGUCCUCUUGCAAAAGGGAUAAAUCCCCUCUGAGUGCAAUGCUGGAUUCCUUGCCUGUGUGCUUUGAAAAUAACAAAGGCUCUUGCUCUGACACAGUUACUGUAACUGAGGAGUUAGUUAUGAAAAAACAAUCUCCUGGGAGUAAAAUGUCACAGAAAUACCCUUCAAUCAGAGAGGCCCGGUGGGCACUAUCUAAAUCACUGAAUUUUAAUCUCAGGGACUCAGUAAGUUGUCACUUUUCAACUAAAGAGAUCUGUGGAAGAAAGAGGCCUGGUAUAUUGAAGAAUCCCAUGUCCCUGAAAGGCUCUGGUAGCAAUCAAAACUCCCUGUCAUCAGUUACAACUAAAAGAGGAAGGCCACGGAAACUGAAAAUGUCCAAGGCUGGUCGACCACCUAAAGGUGUAGGGAAAACUGUAAUAACAAGCAAGAACACCUCUCUGGGACCUGGGAAUAUCCCUCCAGAUGUUAAGCCAGACCUUGAAGAUGUUGAUGGAGUCCUUUUUGUGUCCUUUGCAUCAAAGGAAGCUCUUGACAUUCACACUGUCGAUAGAGCUGCAGGAGAAGAGUCACAGAAUCUUCAGGCUCCGUUGUUGACUACCAAUGAUCCAGAUUGUCAAGCAAGAAUACAAGUACUGGAAAAGGAAUUGAUGGAAGAGCUGAAGACACUGAGGCAUAAGCAAGUAAUACAUCCUAGUCUUCAGGAGGUGGGACUGAAGUUGAAUUCUGUGGACCCAACAAUGAGCAUUGACCUGAAAUACUUGGGUGUACAGCUUCCUCUUUCCUACUCAAAUUACUCUUUGUGGAGCUAUCCAGGAACCAAUCCCAAUUCUCCAGAUGCUGGAUUUCCUUUUGUUUCCAGGACAGGAAAAACAAACGAUAUCACAAAAAUUAAAGGGUGGCGAGGGAAGCUUCAUGGUGCUUCUAGAAACGAAGGUGGCAGUUCAGAAGGUUCCUUGAAGAAUCGCUCGGCGUUCUGUAGUGACAAGCUGGAUGAGUAUCUGGAAAAUGAAGGGAAAUUGAUGGAAACAAGUAUGGGGUUCUCGUCUAGCACUCCCACUUCUCCUGUGGUGUAUCAGCUUCCCACUAAGAGCACCAGCUAUGUGCGAACGCUUGACAGUGUUUUAAAGAAGCAGUCUGCCAUAAUUCCAUCAACAUCUUAUACAUUCAAGCCUGUUCCUCCGUCAUCUACCUCUAGGAAGACAAAGACUCAAACCAGACACACGUCUACAAACAGUAGAGUAAAAUCGUCUUACAAGCCUAUACUGCCUUCACCUUUUUCUGGAAAGCAGAAACAGAACUCUUCAGCAUCAGGGGAAAAGGCUACUGUCUCAGAUAGUUUCAUGGUGCCGACUCUGGAUGAAAAUGUACUUCCAAAACAGAUUAGUUUGCGCCAGGCACCACCACAGCAACAGCAAGCAGCUCGUCCACCGGGUUUGUCUAAAUCUCAAGUGAAGUUAAUGGACUUGGAAGACUGUGCUCUCUGGGAUGGCAAACCGCGGACCUAUAUUACAGAAGAACGAGCAGACAUCUCUCUGGCAACCCUGCUUACAGCUCAGGCUUCGCUCAAAACCAAACCUAUCCACAAAAUAAUAAGACGACGAGCACCUCCUUGCAAUAAUGAUUUCUGUCGAUUGGGUUGCAUAUGUGCCAGUCUAGCACUGGAGAAACGUCAGCCUACCCACUGCCGCAGGCCAGACUGUAUGUUUGGUUGUACUUGCUUGAAGAGAAGAGUGUUGCUUGUGAAGGGAGGCUCAAAACAUAAGAAAAUAAUGAAAAAGGCUGUACGUGGAAAUCUUGUGUUCUAUGGAACACGAGAACAGCAAGAGGAUGAAGAUGUGGAAGAAGAGGGUAAUGGGGAGGAAGAUGAACUGAAGCAGAAAGAUAAGAAGAGGAGAAAGAGAGUGGAAUACACUAUCUGUGACUCAGAGCCAGAACAACCUAUUAGGAAUUGUCCAUUGUGGGUGAAAGUAGAAGGUGAAAUAGAUCCAGAGCCAACCUACAUCCCAACACCAUCUGUUAUUGAACCAGUUAAAUCUGCAGUACUGCCCCAUCCUGAAGUCUUGGUUUCUAGUAAGCAUAGAUCUUCCAGUGGAAUGAAACCAGGCAGAGUGUACACUCCUAAACCAAAUCCAGUGAUCCGAGAAGAAGACAAGGAUCCUGUCUACUUGUACUUCGAAAGUAUGAUGACUUGUGCAAGGGUCCGAGCAUAUGAAUGCAGGAGAGAGGAGAAAAAGCAACAGAAGCACAAAAGUGAUUCACAGACUCCUAGCAUAAAGCAAGAGCCUGAACCAGAGCCUCAGUCUCCUCAGAAAGCAACCUGUGAGAUAGACAAAGACACUGAUAAAUCAGGAGAGAAAAGCUGGUGGUCUUCCCGUAGUGAGGAGGACUCUUCCUCCACCUCCUAUGUUCAUCACACCACUCCAGGUGAACGAACCAAACUUAUCGAGAUUAUCUCUGACUGCAACUGGGAGGAAGAUCACAAUAAGAUCUUGAGCAUCUUAUCACAGCAUAUCAACAGUAACGUGCCUCAGUGCCUCAAAGUGGGUAGCUUCAUUAUUGAAUUUGCUUCGCAACACAAGGCCCAGGAUGAGAACCACUCUCCUGUCUACUCCUCCAGAGUGAAAAUAUCAGUGCCGUCCUACCAGGUCAAGGACGAGGAGCCUGAGAUACCCGUCUUGGAGAUUCCUGAUAGCGGAGUGCCAUCGUGCAAAACCCCAGAAAAUCUAAAGUUCUUGCGGGCAGACACAUUGGACAAACUGCAGGAGAAGUUGCAUGGGGGCAAAGGCUUGCCUUUUUAUGCAGGGGUUUCCCCUGCAGGAAAGUUGGUUGUCUACAAACGCAAAGCUAAUAUGAGCCCCUCAGGCUUGAUUCAGGUUAAUGAUAAAAGGUACCCUCAGGCCAAACUGCUUUUGGGACAGAUGGGGGCAUUACAUCCUGCCAAUCGGCUAGCAGCUUAUAUCACAGGCAGGCUGCGACCCACAGUACUUGAUAUCUCAACCCUCAGUACUAUGAUCUCCAAGGUAGCAUCCAAUGCUAAAGCAGCUGCUUCUGGGACACCAUCAGUCCAGGUGCCCACAACAUCAACUCCCAAUACUGCAUCUUCCACCAGCACUACUUCAACCCCCACUGUGACGACUCUGAAAACCCAUGUCCCAGCACAGAGACAGAUAGCUCCUCGACCCUCACCUGGUGGCGUGUUCACACAGUUUGUGAUGAAUAAAGCUGGAGCUCUGCAGCAGAAGAUUCCCAGAGUGAGCACACGCCAGCCUCUGUCAGGUCCACAGAAGUUUAGUAUCAAGCCUACGUCAAUAGUGGUUGUGGCUCCUGUGGUUCCCUCAAGGCCAUGUCCAACUCAAGGCACAGUAUCUCCUGGGAUCACUACAGCCACCACUACUUCUCCGGUUACUGUGGAAAGUGCCAGUGUGGCAGCAUCUACUGUGACCAAUCUUAGCCAAAUGAGAGCUAAUGAACCUGCCUGCUCUUCUAGUGCAACUACAGUUGCAACUGCUCCUGCCAUACCUGGAAUUAACACCUGUUCUACUUCCUCACCCACUGCUCCUACUGCCACUGUGAACGUAACACAAGCAACAGGGAUUGUUGCACCGAUAACAACUACGUCAUUCCCUAAAACUGUGGUAACACCACCAACUGUUACUUGUCCUGUUGUCACAACAUCUACUUCUACAGUGGUACUAACAACUGCAACAGCCACUUCUGUGGUGACCACACCAACUUCCUCUGCUGGCUCUGUUCCAAUUAUACUGUCAGGAGUAAAUUCAAGUCCUUCACUGAAUCCAAAAAGAGAAGAUGCUACUCCACAAGCUGUAACUCAGUCUCCCCAGAAGAUGUCUCCUGGAACUGAUAAACGUGUAGGACCUCGGUUGUUGCUGAUUCCAGUGCAUCAGACAUCUCCUGCUUUGCGACCACUAAACAAUACCACGCCGCUUGCUCAGAGGCAGAGGAUGAUCCUUCAGCCUCUCAGAAGCCCUGGUGGUGUGAAUCUGUUCAGACAUCCUAAUGGGCAGAUAAUUCAGCUUGUCCCUCUGCAGCAGGUUCGAGCUGCAGGUACCCAGCCCAGUGUGCAGCCAGUGAUGCUCCGCAAUCCAGGAUCUGUUGUAGGAAUCCGGUUGCCUGCUCCAUCUAAGCCUCCCGAGUCUCCAGUGUCUCCUACUUCCUCAAUCUCUACCACUUCUCCUGCCACAAAUUCAACUGUACAAACAGUAGCCAACUUAUCCCCUACAUCUAACCUAGCCACUCAAGCAUCUUCUCUUCUUCCUUCAGUAACGAGUUUUGUGUCACAGGCAGGCACUCUGACUCUAAGGAUUUCUCCUCCUGCCGCAAGCAACGUGACAAAUCAAACAACCUCUGAGUCUAAAAUAGCCUGCAGCUCAGGUGGUCUGCCAGCUACUAAUGCUAAUCUCAUACCUUUACAAUCUGGUAGUUUUGCUUUACUUCAGCUCCCGGGACAGAAGACUGUGCCAAACUCCAUUCUUCACCAUUUUGCAUCUCUUCAGAUGAAGAAGGAUUAUAAGAAAAUAUGCAAAAAAGAAGACUUGGGUGCUGCUCAGGAGAAGGAGAAUGGGAAGAUGAAAUGUUCAGAUGACAUUGAAGUUACAGAGUCUGAGGUCACAGUGUCAGACAGGAAACAGGAAGAAAAUGAAUUGUUGGGUGACCAGCUGAGUAACGUUGAAGAGUCGGUAUCUGGCACAGUUGCACCUUGUACAAAUUUCACUACAUUAGAGAUGGUGGAGAAGGACUCAAGGAUACUAGAGAGUUCUUGUGAUCAUAGCUCCUCUUCUCAGCAUGAUGUUUCCACAGAUGUCAUAUCAACUGACCACUCAUACAUCAGUGAAAAGCUAAAUGAUGAGGAGGAAAAAGGGGCCUCUGAGGAGAAAGAGGAUUCUGUUGGUUCUGCAGCUAUAGUGGAGGCUGUCACAACUAACUCUGAAACUGCUUGUGGGUCGUCAGAUAAGUCUCUGAGUACUCCUUUGGAUACUGCACAUCCACAGAGUCCCAAGAACCAGGAGAGUGCACAGCUGAAGAGCCAUGGGAAGGAACAGAUACAUGCCGAACAGGAAGAGAAAUCGGUAAAAGAGAAGGAAGAUGAUGUGCAGAUGCAGAUGAAGGAGGACAAUGAGGCAAGUUCUGGGCAGUCACAGAAUCAACAAAAGCAAGUUACAGAGCUGGAGAAUGACAAGGAAAAGAGUGGGACUGAACUGUUUGUGAACCAACAAGAAUGCCAGAGUGAUGCUGUGCUGUCAGGUGUUGAAGGGAAGGAGCAAAAGGGCUCUACAGAAGCAAAAGUCACAAGAGAGAAAAAAGAAAGUAAGUCUGAAAUCAGUUCUGAAAAAGAGCAGGAUAGUGCUUCAGGAGAAGAGCAUACAGUCAAUACCACGGAAGGCAAAGCAAAUAUAGCUAGGCAGGAAGGCAGUAACAACAAAGAAAAAGAUGAUUUUGAUUCUCAGGAAGAAAUGAAAACAGGUCAUGAUAUUGUAACACAUGUCAACAGUUCCUGGAGUAAAAUAUCUAGCAUUGUACCUGCUUUAGAAAAUAAAAGUGAGAUGGAUAGUAAAGCUGAUAAAUCUGAGAAGAGUGAUUUCCUGACACCAGAACAGAGAGCACAGGAAACCAAGCAUCAGAAAAAGGAUUGCAUGCCCAGUAUUGAUACAACUGCUGAUGAUACGGAAGAGGAAGAAGAGGAAGAUGAAGAGGAAGAUGAAGAGGAUGAAAAAACUGAUGAUUCUGCUGAUGAGAUGCUGGAUGGUGCUUCUGACUUCCCAAGUGAAGAGGAAGUAGAUGUUGAAAAAGUGGGUGCGUGUGAAUACAGUGAGGAUGACGAGCAGGUGGACAUUGAGACCGUGGAGGAGCUUUCAGAGAAGAUUAACAUUGCCCGUCUGAAGGCCACAGCUGCUAAUAUCCGACCUUCCAAACAGAAAUACCAUGCUCGUAAUUCUUCGGAUGAAAAAUUAUCAGAAAAACCUACGAAGCAGAGACCUCCAUUCUGGAACAAAAAGCUGAAGACUGAGGCAGAAGCCUUUGCUCAUUACCGCCAGACACACACAGCAAAUGAACGCCGGCGACGUAAUGUGAUGAGAGAUCUCUUUGAAAAGUUGAAGAGAACUCUAGGGUUACACAGCCUUCCCAAGGUCUCCAAAUGCUACAUUCUCCAGAAAGCCUAUGAUGAAAUCCUAGGAUUGACUGAUCAAGCAGAUAAAUUUAUUGGACAGAAGAACUUACUGACGCGCAGACAGGAUGUUUUGAUUAGAAAAGUAUCCACACUUUCAGGGAAGACAGAAGAGGUUGUGCUGAAGAAGCUAGAAUAUAUUUAUGCCAAACAAAAAGCAGUAGAAGCGCAAAAAAAGAAGAAACAACCUGAGUCAGAGGCAUCUGUUGUAACCUCAACUGCUAGCAAACAGCAAGAAGCAUCUUCUGCUCCCUCCAAAGAGCUGCCCCAAGUGGCUAUGCCUCCUGUGACUAUGACAAACAGAAGAGGCAAGCCGUUGAUACUUGCCAGAAAAGGACCCCGUCCCACAGUGGAGACCUCAACCUCACUCACACUAACUGCUGCGAGCCUCGUGAUGACUCCCCAGGGACAGGUGCUUACACUGAAGAGCCCACUAGUACCAGGGCAGGUAGCAGCUGUUCCUUCCACGCUCCUGCAAGCUGAAUUAAAGCCUCGAGCUGUCAGUACUUCCAUGACAACACAGCCAGGUAUUGCUUCAGUGGUGAUUCAGCUGCCAGGAUCAACAGUUCCUGUGCAAGUAAAAGGAAUCCUUACUAACUCUACCAUUCCCAUUACACUGUCAACUGUUGCUGGAAACCCAGUGCCCUCAACAGUAGUAUCAGCUGCAGAGCCCCAUUCAGAAAGUGAAGAUUCAUUCAUGAUGCCAAAGAUUGUUAACGUAACAUCACUGGCUACGGAGGGAAGCGCGAGUCUAAACCUGAACAGAAACAAAAAUUCUAAUGCAACAGCUGGAGGUGCUCAGGCUUCUGAGACGUCCUUGGUUGUAGAUCCUCUGGAAAGUAGGAAAAGUGACAGCAUCCUUUCAGAAGAAAAAGCCAAACUAUGUCCUGGAGACAGUGGCCGAGAUGGAAAGAAUACAACAGGUCCCACAAAAGUUUUAUCUCAAAGUAAAGAUAGCUUUCCACACCUCCGGAACACAUCAUGUACAAAGGAACCUCCAGAGUCCUUUAGCAAAAAGCUCUGCAUUGGUGAGUUUGUAGGAAGCCAGGCUAGGAGGAAAGAAGGUGAUCCUGGAGGGGAAAGAUUAAAAUCGAAAGAAUUGUCAUUUCGCAAGCUGCAGAUCAAAGAUUCCAGGAUAGAAAUGGAAUUGAGGAAAGUAGCAUCUGCAAUGGAGGAAGCAGAACUGGAUGCAAGUGAGUUACUGAGCAGCAUUGAGGAGAGCGACGACACUGAUGAAACCCUCACUUCGCUGCUCAAUGAGAUUGCCUUCCUCAAUCAGCAGCUGAAUGAUGAUGCCUCAGCUAUGUCAGAACUGCCCAGCACUCUAAACUCAAAUUUCUCACAUGAAGGUGCAGAAGCUCGUCGGGGAACAGCCAGCAAUCUCACAGCUGCAGAUGGGCCUUCCUUCCAGUUUGGCCACUUGGGAGGCAGUUUUAAGGACCUUUCAGAGCUUCCAGAAGGUGGUGGCUCUAUAAGCCCUCUCCUGCUGCACCUGGAAGAUGAUGACCUAACUGAUGGGGAUAAGAACUCUGGAGAACCUUCAUCUGAAGCGGAUGUUUUAAAGAUAGUAAUAGGUGCUGAAAUGAAGGAUCCGCUUCCCAAUCUGUCUGUAACCAGUGGUGGUAAUGGUAAAAGUGUAACAACCUUGGCAGAGACCACUAAUGUGACUCCACCGGUUUUGCAGAUGAAAACUAAUCCAGAAGCUAGUAAUGCUGACGCUUUGUGGAGACCCAUGCCCAAGCUGGCACCACUUGGCUUAAAAGCGGCAAGUCUGCCAGCAGACUCGGAAGGGCAGAGUAAUAAAGUGAUGCCCUUAUUGGCACCUGUAGUUGCAAAACUGGCACCCAGCGGGGUAAAAUCUUCAUUACCUGCAACUGUUCAAGAAGAACAGGAUAGCAAAGUGAUGCCCACUUUAGCACCUGUGGUUAUGAAAUUGAAUGCUACUGGGACCUUGCCUUCAAAUUCAGCAGGCAAAUAAGUUGCAUAUAUUUUUCUAAUAUGGAAUGGAGAUCUGGAGCAGUGUACCAGUGUCAGAAUUUGACGCCCUCCCUUGUCUGCAACGCUCAUUUUCUGUAUGGCAUCAGCACUCUCUUCAACUGAGGGCUGGCCCCAAACUGAGAAGUAAAUGCUAUGAAACUUAAGCAUGUCGAUAAUAUUUUUACCUCACUGUUGUAUUUUGGAUGUUCUCUUUCUCCAUCACAAAACAAGGAAGAUGAUCUGUAACCAUUGCUGGACACAUGGUAUCCUUCCAAAAUUGGGUCCUUCACAGAAAUAGUUUGUCAAAGGACUGAGAACCUUGGGCUUUUGAAAGAGAAUUCCACUGCCCGCCCCUCAAGUAGGGAGGCAGCUGUCUUGUGGAGGAAACAAAUGGAUUACUUGUUUUCAUACCAGGCAAAUUAUCUAUGCAGAAGUCAGAUUGUUCACAUUUGCUGUUUUUAAUGUUUGCAGAAUACAAUGAAUGUGCAGAAAUGAGAUUGCAGUUGCUUUCAAACUUGUUACCUAGAGCAGUGGAAGGGAAAUCUGAGACUGCAGAGGGCUGAAGUGAAAAGUUUUUGUUCUUUGGUGCUAGAUAGUUCUCUGGCAGAGACUCUUUAGGAGCUUAUGCACAGAAGAUUUUAGUAAAUAUCUGUAACUCACUACAUGGGGAAGAAAAUGGUAUUUCCCAGUGUAAUUAAAAAUAGGAUGGUAUGUUUAAUGGAACUACUAAAAAAAACCCCUCACUUUUACCUCCUGCCCCUACAGAAAUACUCCCUCCCUUGAUGCAUCAGGAAGGAAAAAUUAGAGAGCAAAACUUAAUUUGGGCACCCUGUUGCUACAUCUUUAAAAGUAUCACUGAAGUUGCUUCAUAAAAAUAAGGAACGCUUUGAGGGCUGUUGUUGCAGAGUGUAAUUGAGCGAGUGUAUAUGUGAAUGUAUAUAUGAAAAUAUGUGUAUAUCUUCCCAAACUUUCCAUUUCUUUAUAAAUUCAGGAAAGGUACUCAGAGGUUUUUCACUGCAUUUGCACAAGCUGUGUAUAGCAAAAAGUCAACAAAAAUGCUCAUUACCAGGGAAAUAGGGCAGUAUUGAAUCAUGAGAUGUAUUUUUUAUUCUUCUCUGCCACUGCUUACUCAAUAACUGUAGAUACUCUUCUAUGUUCAGCUGCUGGAUGUGAAGGGCCUACAGACUGUAAAGAUAUGUAUAUUUUUGUACACAGUUUUUGUUUUCAUAGUUUUCUUGACAAAUGAAAUUUUGAACCUAGGAGAGAUGAUUUGUUAAUGAGUGUACACACAAUCUUUUCCUAUGAAGUUUGUAAAUAUGAGUUAGGGUGCGCUUGAGGGGCUUCUUAACUGCUCCGAAGAAGUAAAAAAAUUUGCCAUGAAAAUGAUAUAGAAUUUGGUGGUGCAUUUAGCUUUGUGUUUAGAAAUGCAAUCCCCUGUCCUACUGUUCCAGUAACAGCAGCUGUGAUUUCCUCCUGAAAUUCCCCAUCUUUGGUGAUGCAGUAAUGCAGGAAUUUCAUCCUUCCAGCCCUGAGGUCGUGCAGGUGUUGAGUGAUGUUCUUCCACAGUUAGGGAGCAAUGUUUGUACGCAGUGCAACCAUACACCCUGUUCAUUAAGCUGCAUCUUCUGGAUCUGUGUCUCAGUUGGAUCCACCAGGGGAUGUGUGUACCUUGGAUGUUUCCUCAUCUUUUUUACAAUGAUUUUAUUAUGCUGCAGAGCAGAGAAGCCCUUUCAAGCUUGAUAUGCAUAAAGUUACUCCAGAACCUACAUAAAAAAGGUCCUUCAUCUGGCCAUUCCAAAUGGUGUGUUUUAAAGUGGAUACAUGUAACUCUUUAUUGCCCUUUGCAUGUUUAUUAUUUUAAUAUUCGAUACAAGUCCUGUUUUAGUGAUUUGGAAAAGAGAGCAGAGGUCAACAUGAGAGUCAUGUAGGGCCUUACAGUUGUCAGUGAAUGCCUUAGAAAAGGGAAUUUACAAUAUGUGUAAGUAUUUAGACACAUUGCUUAUUAUUUAAGCUUCUUAACCUUAUUUUAAACCAGUGGAAAUCUGGAGUAACUGAAUCGGUUUACUAGUGCUACAUCAGAUUUAAAUUUAUUUACCUGGGAGUCUGGUUCUGAGCAUUUCUAAUAGGCUGAAGUUGCUUAUUUUUUUCCCUAUGGCAGUUUGUUUUGCCAAGAGAUUUCACUUGCGUGAAACGGUAACCAGAACUGUGCUGUGAUUCCUUUUGGAUUCCUUAUUACUGACCUUUCUUUUUGCACCCCAUCCUUUUAUGGUUCCAAAUUACAGAAAUAUGUGCUAAUCAUAUCUGCGUGCUUCUUAAAAACGUGAGCUUUGCACACUUUCGUGGAUCAGGAAACACUAACAUGAAAUCCAAUCAAAUAUUACCUAAAAUAAAUGCUGUACCUCGGAGGAUGUUUUGUCCAUUAUCAAGGUAAUGGAAAAUGCCUGGAUGUAUUUACUGUUUGGCACUGGGCAGCGGGGAAUUUUAUUGCAAUAAAAAUGUACUGUGUAAAGAUAACAGCAAACAUUUUUGGUUCCCGAGCAUGAUUAUUAAAUUAACUAAGAACAGACCCCAAAUUUGGCUGUAAAAGGUGGUAGUUGGUGCAGUUCCAAGUAGGAACUGUGAUGGAUUCUACCAGGCAACAAAGCGUGUUCGAAAUGCUCUUAGUUUUUGCUCUCUUCCUUGUGCUGUCUCAUGUCUGCAGCUUCACAUUUUGCUAUUAAUUUAAAUGCUGACUCUUUUUUUCCACUCUUUCCUCAAGCUGCCAUUGGUUUGGAACAAAACUUUUAAAUAUAUAUGCUGUCUUUUGAGGCAAUAAUGCAAGAAUAUGACAUGUAAUGAAAAGAUUUUUAAAUAAGGUGAACAAAGAAAACCCCUGCAAGGCGCACGAUCUCACCAGACCAAGAGACCUGGAGAUUUUUUUUACACAUCUGUAAAUAGACUGGAAUGUUUUUAAGAAUAUAAUGAAAUGUCAGAUUUAGCUUUUUUUUUCCCUUUUAUAUAUUAAAAUAUAUCUUUCCCUCUUUUCUGCUUUUGAAAAAUUGAUAUUUUUGUAGAAAUCUAACAGUACAAGACUUAAGUAACUGUAUGUGAGGGACAAAAUGUAAAACUAAAAUAAAGCAUUGA